GGAGUUGGUAAUAUAAGAGCAGCUGAUGAGUGUGUCGUGGCAAUGGCGCGGAGGCAGCGGGGCGCCAUGUUCACAGAGACGCUGCCCCUCUUUGUCAUUUUAGUUGCUGUUACUCAUGGCGGUAAGGAUAAGCCGGUGUUUAGUGACGAAAUCAAAGAAAUAAUACAAACAGUUCACGACGAGUGUGUCGCUAAAACUGGGGUCGCGGAGGAGGAUAUAACGAAUUGCGAAAACGGCAUAUUUAAGGAGGACGCGAAAUUGAAGUGCUAUAUGUUUUGCCUGCUGGAGGAAGCGAGUCUCGUCGAUGAUGACGAUACAGUGGAUUACGACAUGCUCGUCAGUCUGAUACCUGACGAGUACUACGAGAGAACUACUAAAAUGAUAUUCGCAUGUAAACAUCUCGAUACUCCAGAUAAAGACAGAUGCCAGAGAGCGUUCGAAGUACACAAAUGUUCAUAUGAAAAGGAUCCAGACUUAUACUUCUUAUUCUGAGGCGUGAACAACUGGCGAGCAGAGAUGAUUGUGUUGCUAUUAAUGGAAUAAACUAACUUUAUUCUCA